CGCCGCUCCCGUCUCUCCCAGCUUUUCCUCUCAUGCGCAAGACAUAGGCGGAGGCCGGGAGGCGUGGUGACGGCGAGCCGUGGUGGGAUUGCACCGCUGCUGACUUGAGGAAGACCGCCUCUACCUCGCCUUCGUCGUCUAUCUCGACCACGUCGAGCCGAGCUGCGAGGAAAGGAGAUGGGAAUGGCAGCACGCCGCCGCUUCACUAAGCCCGAGCCUGCGACGACUUCACCUUCGCCCCGACUCCAUAUGCCAUGCUGGUUGCGGUUAUGGGUGGUCCUGCUCACACUCCUACUAUCACCGUCUCAUGCUUGUUCAGCUAAGUAUACUGGAAUAUCAGAAGAGGGUAAAUGCCGUUACGACUUGACGAGCAUAGCUACUCUAUCAUGCGUGCGGCCAGAUGGUGUAUGGAGGCCACCCUCAGAUACAUGCUGCAGCGCAUUACUGUAUGCUAUUGAUCAAGUUCCAGGUAGCGAUGUGAGCGGAGCAUGCUGCCUUUGCCGUUAUCUCAAAGAAAGAGUGGGACCUCCAAAACUGGCUACAACCUAUAUUAUGUGCAAUGGAGAGGACAAACACAUCGUCACCAAGUGGUCGUCGUUUCCAAUCAAAAAAUGUUUGGACGAAUGUGGGCAAGCAACCAUUUCCUCACUCGGCAUAGAGCAUGAGGAUACUCCAGGGGUACAAGCACAAGGCACUAUCAACGAGGGAAAAGAACAUGUCAGUGGAAUAGGACAAACACACGCCACUACCAAGGUCAUCUGGGUAGCUGUUGUAGUAUUCAUUGUGAUAUUGAUAUGGCUUAUUUGCUUCUCGAAUUUUCGGAGAUCGUUCAAGGCAACUGAAAAUGCAAGUGAACCCCGAUCUGGGCGCCGGCGAUCUGUUGGGUCUUCAUCAUCAGCAAAGCGAAAGGAGAAAAGGCUUUCAUCAUCAACAUGAAGAGGCUUAAUCAUUUGCAUGAGAUUCACACGAUUGAUUAUUGGCAUCUAGUUACUACUUGCACCUCAUCUUGUUCGGAUAGUUACGGUAUAUCUUGGGUUGUGUGAUGUAUCUACAUAUAUAGAACUACGGGCAUGUUAUUUUUGGUGUCUGAUCAACCGCGUCAUAAACUCUAAGACAUAUAUAUCUGAUUCACUCUAAUAGUCGUCCAUCCA